AUGAAUGAUGUGGCACCGGAACACGUCCUCCCGGCCUAUCAAGAACACGGUGAUGAACCGAUGCAUGACUACUCCGCGCCCCAUGUGGGCCAGCUAUUGCGGAAGCCUGGCUCUAGACUCAUGCUGUGUUAUGAUCUCAGCUCUCUCGAGCGUUGGAUGGAUGGCAAGAUGGCCAUCCCGGCGGAGAUCCCACUAGAGCAGGAGACUUACACAACGCCCGAAGUUGCAGAGUUGGAGCACAUCAUAUCGAGUUUUGUAUCUUCAGAUUGCUCAGUCAGAUAUAGAUACGGCCAAGAUCUAAGAGAGAGCAUCGGCGCUCUGAAGAGAGUGCAAUCAAAGACGGUUACGGCAGUGAAAAUGCUUGAAUUUGAUUUCGUGCAAGAAGUCAAGUGGUAUAAUCACAAAAUCAAAAGGCCUCGUACCAUUGUCGACCGCCACUUCUGUCAAAUUACCGAAUCACUGGCCCGCGGUGAAGUGAGCUACUAUUGGUUGGAGGCUGGCAACCUUUGGCCUGUGCUGACGCCAACGUCCAUUUUGGAACAACUUCGGUCAACAUCUCAGUGUUUCUUCGGCUCAGGCAUGAGAGGCGCCCUACUCGACUACGGGAUGGAAGUGGUGAAGCUGCAGCAAUUGAUUCGAAUGAAAGAAGCCUUAGGGAAACAGGAAGGGAAGCUUUGUCAAGAGUACAACAACUGGAGUGGUAGGAAUUGGAGUCCCACUACAUACCCAGAUUGA